AAAAUCUUUAUCUAUAAUGUUAAAGAAACUGAAAAAUCUUGAGUCAUUGACAAUUAACACCGAUAAAUUUUUCAAUUCCCAAUUAAAUGAAUUGAUCGAAGUAUUCUCUCCAAAAUUAUGUAAUUUGAAGUUAAUAAUCCCUUAUACAUUUCAUUUAAAACAAAAUAUUUGUUUUCAAUUGAUGGAUUUAUGUUCUUUACCAAAAUCGAUCAAUAGUUUCGUUAUGUGUUUACAAAUUCAAUCUUAUGAAAACCAAAUAUUUACAUCAACACCUCCUCCUAAUACAUUGAAACGUUUAGACGUUUCAAAUUGUUUUUUUUUUAAAAA